AUGAAACCAAAAAGUGAAGAACGACAACAUUUUUUUGAAAAAACAGUCUCUAGAGGUGUUUUAGAUAUGAAGUUUAUGAAGCGUACUAAGAAUAAAGUUGUUGAUUUUAAAGAGAAACAAAAAAUUAACAAUAUAUCGGAUAAUGUUAUUAACAAAUUUAGGGAUAAUAUAAAGUUAUCUGGUUCCUCGAAAGCUAUGUAUACUUUGGGGAAUAAUUCAACUAAAAAUAAUAAAUUAGUAAAAAAUAUAUCAUACAUCUUUGAAGAUAGUUAUAUGAAAUUACAAGAUCUUAGCUUUGGAAGAAGAUCUUUUAAAGGUUUUAAUCAGGAAGUAGAGAAAUUAAUGACAUUUUAUGAUAAUCUUAAAAAUGAAAAUAAAGAAGAUGAAGACUUUGAACACAUGGAAAAAAAAGAUGUAGAUGAUAAAGAAUUUGUUAAUUUAGUGGGAUCUAAAAAAUUAAAAAAAAUGUUUAACAGAAAAUCAAAAGAAACAAAAAAAGAAAUUUAA